CAGAUCGUACCAUCUGUAAACAUGGCGCCUGACUUUCGGUGGCAGUGUGUUGUGCUCCUCUUUUGUACUUUUCUGCUUUGUUCUGCAGCGAUCGACGACAAAGAGAAGCCCAAGAAGAAGAAGGAUAUCAGAGACUACAAUGACGCAGACAUGGCGCGACUCCUUGAAGAAUGGGAGAAGGAUGACGACAUUGAGGAGGGAGACCUUCCGGAGCACCGCAGGUCUCCUCCUCCCAUUGACUUCUCCAAGGUGGACGCGUCCAAACCUGAAGAACUGCUGAAGAUGUCCAAGAAGGGCCGCACCCUCAUGGUGUUUGCCACGGUGUCGGGAGACCCCACAGAGAAGGAGACAGAGGAGAUAACAGGCCUGUGGCAGGGCAGCCUUUUCAAUGCCAACUAUGACAUUCAAAGGUUUGUGGUUGGCUCCAACAGGGUGAUCUUCAUGCUACGGGAUGGAAGCUUAGCUUGGGAAGUGAAAGACUUCCUGCUGACCCAAGAGCGAUGCUUGGAGGUCACGGUAGAAGGACAGGUAUUCCCAGGGAAGGCUGCCAGCAAGGACAACGGCAAACACGAGCAGCAGAACGACGCGAACGCCAAGAAGACCAAGAAAAAGAAGACUGAGAGUAAGAAGGUGGAUUUGGAGGGGAACAGAGCCAGCAAUGGGAAACAGGAACUAUGAUGGAGUCAUGCAGAUGUUGAUCUUCUUUUGUCUAAGAGGCUGCAGGAGCAAAGUCAAAGUCACGAAUCAAUGAACUCCGCAGUCCUCGCUGGGUCGGGUUCUCUUGACUGCUGAGCACCCACGUUGGUGUUUGUUGGUCAACAUGUUGUAUUCCAAGUAAACUCUUGAAAUCAAACACGUCACAGAAAGAUCUAUCAUCAGUCUCACAGCCCCCCUUUUGGGAUUAGAUGAAGACCCUUGAUUGAUGGAUGCCGAUAUCCUUGUAAUGGGGGCAACAUACAACAUCAGCAGAGGAUCAAUACUUAUUUUCCCUAUUGUAUGUUAAUUAUGCGUGAUGUUCUUUUACAUGCGCCACAAAUGCACGUUGGGGUCGUUCAACUGGACGUCAGAUUCUGGCCUGUAUGGGAUUAUUCAUGUUCAGCAAAACUUCAAAAUCUGUCCAAAUAGCAAUUAGCUCACGCAUUUUCUUUUUGAUUUGCACUCACCAUAAGAAUAAAUGUUUGUUUUUUAAACUAUUA